CAUGUCCAUGUUGUGUUUCUCAGGACUCGCUUCAGUGUUUCAGAUACAAGUCGGCGACACAGACGACAAAAAGUUGUUAACUACUUACAGGUUAAAAUGCUAAGGAAAGAUUGGGCGUGUUAGGCACAUUUAACAGUUUGGAGAGUUCUACUUUACCUGCACUUCCGCCAUGGCCGUGGAGAUGAAAGGGUCCUCAGGUGUGCGUGGCGGCGGCACCAAACUCUCGCGACACCUGACCAGCGUGGGAAUCAACCCCGCGGCUCUGGCCUACGCCAUGACCACUUUGGGCUCCUGCAUGAUCAACAACAUAUUCACCUUCUACUACGUCAAACUCUUCAUCAACAAGUACAAGAUCUCAGAAGGCGCCUUCCAUCAGUCACAAGUGGUGUACAUGCUGUGGAAUGCCAUCAACGACCCUCUCUUUGGAUACCUUCAAGAUACCUCCAAGGUGCCUUGCUGCUCUCACAGGCGUCUCUCCAUCCUGUACGGUGCCCCCCUCUACUCCUUGGCCUUCCUCAUCGCCUGGUUCCCGUGGAGGUCCUACGAACCUGGCGACUGGCUCAGCGGCCUUCACUUGAUGACGGCGUUGUGCUUGUUCGAUGGCAUGCUCACGUUUGUGCUGCUGGCUCAGUGCGCCCUAUUCGCCGAGAUUUCCGGCCACCAUCAGAACCGGUUAAGACUCAUCAAGUACAACCAGGUGGCGUCGCUGCUCGGCUCGUCCAGCGUUCUCUUCUGCGGCCUGCUGUCCAAAAACAUGGAAGACUUUGCGGCCUUCCAAGCGUUCGCGGUGGUCGUGGCUAUCCUGAGCUGCGGAUGCAUGCUCUACACGGGCGUCCACAGUGAGAGCCGCUUCGAUGACAAAGGACCCCAGGCGGACGCCCCGCAGUGCUCCGACCACGCCUCCCAAAGCUUACUGGCGUCCCUCUCCACGGUGAAGACGCUGACGUGGCAAAUCCUCAUCAACAGAGACUUCCAGCUCUUCGUGCUCAUGAACUUUUUCCAGGUUUUCAUGUUGGCUUUCUUCAGUAACUUCACGCUGAUAUUUGCCGAGCACCUCAUUCCCCCAGACGUGCUGUCGUCGCUGGCCAAGAGCGUCAUGUACGGCGCCGGGUUCAUUUGUCCGCAGUUGUUAGUUUUGAGCUGUGAGAGACUUCUUCGUGGCCUGGGCUAUUACAGGAUCAUCCUGUACACCUUUUACUUGGAGGUGGCAAUAGGGGCUUUGAUGCUUUCAGUCGGACCUCAGCACCAUCGCAUUCUGGCUUUGUUCCUCACCGUCAGCAUGGUCUUGGUCCAAGCAGUCUUCAGUCUUUUCGGGUUGCCCCUGGCAGACAUCGUUGACGCGGACAUGCAGAAGUACAAGCGCAGUUCCCCUCUGUCCUCCAUGGUGUUUGGGACCAACGCCCUGUUCACCAAACCUGCUCAGUCUCUGGCCCCAAUGAUGGUGAUUAAAAUCCUGAACCAGUUUGGCUAUGAGCAGCUGAAAGAUGCUGGCAGCGAGGUCAACCCACGAGCGUUGGCGAGCCUCCACAGCGUCAUGUUCUACUUGGUGUGUGUGGUGCCCAUGUGUGUCGCUGCCGUCCAAGUCCUGGCGUGGAGACCCUUCUCUAUACGCAGCAGUCACACUGUGGAAAGCAAGUCCGCAUGGAGCUGGAGGGGGCGUGGCCUCCAGCUCCGGCUGAAAAUCGGGAGAUUUUCCGGAGAAUAUUUGUCCCGGGAGGUUUUCGGGAGAGGCGCUGAAUUUCGGGAGUCUCCCGGAAAAUUCGGGAGGGUUGGCAAGUAUGCUUUAUUGGCAGACUAGAGCGGCUCUCAUAGGCUCCAUUGGAAGCAGACUUUUGAUCAGAUGUAUUUAAUAUUUAGAAUGCAUUAAAAAAAAAGACAUAAUAAUUGUGAACAAUAGACCAACUUCCAAAAAAAGUGCAGUUCCUCUUUAAGGUCAUGGUUCGGUUCAUUUUGGGAACAGUAGUACGAUACAUUGCAAAACUAUUUCAAUGUUAUUUAGUCAAGUUUUUUUAAAGGUGUUUAUUUUUUUUACUCCAUUUCUAUUGCAUAAAGUUGGUACUAUAUUAUAUAAUAGAAUCUGAUGUUUGGGUAACCAAUGAUAUUUUAAAGAAAAUUGUUUAUA